AUGCUUCAAUUCAUUCAAAAACGACAGUCUUUUCAACGUUUUCAUAUCCCCCUUAUUCCUUCUGUCUAUUCAUUAAGACAAUUAGACACUUCAGAAUUUUUGAAAGAUGGAGGUGUUUUAUUAGGAUUUGACUUAACGGCAACUCAAUUAAUUGGUUAUAAUUGUUUACCAUUACCAUCACCAAUAAAUCCAUCAUUAAUUCAUUAUCAUUUCAAUAUUAUAAUAUCCCCCUUUUUCCCUCCAUACCCUUUGCAUUUCUUUUCACUCCCAAUUCUUCCUUCAAUCACUCAUACUCCUUCUCUACCUAUACAAAUCAUCACUUCAUUAAAUAGAUAUCUUGUUUAUCAUUAUUCUUCUAAUACUCUUCAUCUAACUAUACUAACACCAAAUGCUCAAUCUAUUCCUUGUCAUUUUCUUUUCUAUUCUAUUUCACAACCAUUCUCCUUUCUUCAAUCUAAAAGCACAAUCACUUUAAUAACUUCAACACAUAUUCUCACUAUCUUUUUGAAUGGAAUAUCACCAAAAUAUGACCAACAAGUCAAUGGGAAUCAUAACUUACUUUCUAUUGAUUUAAAUUCACUGAAAACAAUCAUAAAUGUAACUGGACUACAAUUUAAUAACCAACCCAUUCAUAAAAUCACUCACACAACUUCAUUACCAAAACAUAUUAUAUUACCAUUUGUUUGUGAUUAUUCUCUUUUUACUACUUUCUUGAUGUUAUCUCAUCCAUUUUAG